CAGAAUGAUGAUUGAAGCAGUUUAUUUUUCGUGCCAGCACGACUGUCCUGUCCGUUUCUGGACGCCCUUUGCACUUUAGUCAGCAUAUAUAUAUUGUGACCCCUCUAGGGCAUAGUACCGUCUCCCCAAUGUCGUCCAGUCUAAAGUAUAACUACCGCGUCCAACUCCUACUAGAGCUCGCAAAGGAUUUCAUCCCGCCUCUCCUCAUCGCCUCUCUCCUCCUCUCCUUCCUUCCAUCUUUGCUCUCGGACGGGUUUUUCUUACAAAGCCUCUGGCGCCUCUUGAUAUGUAUUGUAUAUUGGACGGUGAACGUCAAGUAUACAGACUGGAAGAAUGGCAACGAGGCGAAGAAAAUGGGUGGGGUGUAUCUUCCUAGGCUGAAGGGGAAGUGGCCUGGAAACUUGGAUAUCGCUUUAUCAUUGGCAAAACUCUCCGAGGAAGGAUAUGUUCUGGAAAGCUUUGAGCGCCUGUUUGCGUCGCCUGGAGGUGGAGACGACGUGACGACGUUUAACCUUGGAACGCUCUGGAGAGAUACCUAUGUAACAAGGGAUCACAGGGUUAUGCAGGCAGUUCUAGCUACGGAAUUCGAUAAUUUCUGGAAGGGACCUGAGUUCCGGAUGAGGACCAGAAGGUCGUUCGGUGAUGGGAUCGGGGGGGCUGACGGUGCCGAGGCGAAAGCCCACAGAGCCAUGACGCGCCCCUUUUUGGCCCGAGAACGUGUCCAGGAUUUUACCAUCUUCGAACGAUACACUGAUAAACUCCAAGCCAUUGACAUCCAGGAUAUCUUUUCCCGAUUUACCAUGGAUGCGGCAGGCGAAUUUUUCUUUGGCAGCACAACUUUCAACACACUUGACCUUCCUCUUCCUCCCCCUAACAAACUAUCAAAACUCGGUCCGAAAGGAAGUGAGGCAGGGGGCUCCUAUGGUUCUUUCGUUCAUGCAUUCGAUAAGCUGCUGGAAAUCAUGCUUAUCAGGAGUUUGAGAGGAAGUUUGAAGCUUUGGGGUUUGAUGGAAUUCUGGAAAGACGAGACGAAACCCUAUGGUUUAGUUGUCGAUGAAUUCUUUUAUCCUCUUAUUGAGGAAGCGUUGAAGAAGAAAGGGAAGAGGGAGAUGAAGAACUGCGAUCCGGAUGAGGGGAAUUUGGUGGAUCAUUUGGUGGAUAUGACGGAUGAUCCUCAGCUGAUUAGGGAUGAGUCGUUCACCAUGCUUGCCGCAGCUCGGGAUACAACUACUACGUUGCUAACAUAUGCCAUAUACCUGCUUUGCCUACAUCCAGAUGUAACGGCAACAUUGCGAAAAGAAGUACUAACGUACGUCCCUAAUGGCUCUCCUACUUUCGAUGAUAUCCGAAAGAUGAAAUAUUUGCGCGCUGUUCUCAACGAAACGCUCCGUCUCUUCCCCUCCGUCCCAUUAAACGUUCGCACAUCGAAAUCGUCCACACUUUUCCCCCCCGAUCGAACUACUAAAGGAACGCCCAUUUACGCCCCUCGUAAUACGGUGAUUCUGUAUGCGCCACUUCUCAUGCAACGUCGGAAAGAUCUUUGGGGCCCCGAUGCGGAUGAAUUCGAUCCUAGGAGGUGGAUUGAUAAAGAAAGAGUGAAGAAGAUUACCGAUGAUCCAUUCAUGUUUCUACCGUUCAACGCGGGGCCAAGGAUUUGUCUGGGUCAGGUAGGCACAGUUGCAUCGACGACGUUGCCGUGUUCGGGAUGAUAGAAUAGGUGGUUGCUCAUCCUUUUUUUCUGAUAGAAUUUUGCAUAUAAUCAAGCAAGCUUUAUGAUGAUUCGAAUACUCCAAACGUUCGACACUUUCACGCUCCGCCAGAAAGAGGAUGCCCCUGAUGGUUCAUACCCACCUCCAUCUUGGAAAGG